GAGAAUUCUAAACCAAAGUCUUCUCUUUUGUAUCAUAUUAGUUCAUAUAACUCGAAUCUUUUCUGAUUUUGGAUAUAUGUUUUGUUUUACGCUCUAGGGUUGCAACAUUGUGUAGAGAAAUGGGUUCAAAUGCAUCAGAUUCUGCAAUGUUGAAGAGUUGGAAAAAGAAUCCUCCUUCUUCGUCUUCUUCUCUUGUCAGACUUUCUCAGAAUGCUAACGACAAAUACGAAUCACCUCCUUUCUCUUCUGGUGGACACAACUGGAGAUUGGUUGUUUACCCUAAAGGAAACGAAGAGGACAAUGGAAGGGGAUUUGUUUCAAUGUAUGUGGAGUGUCUCUCAUCGACAACAUCACCCAUGGAUGUGUUUGCUUAUCUCACUUUCUUUAUCUUUAGCGAGGAAGAGAAGAAGUACCUCUCUAUUCAAGAUGUUGAAGUUAAGAGGUUCAAUUCUUCAAAAACGGUUUGGGGAUUGUCACAAGCUCUUUCGAUUGAAGCACUCAAAGACCGUGCAAAGGGCUUUAUCUUGUACGGAGAACUACAUGAGUUUGGAGCUCAUGUGAAGAUUGUUUCACGACCCGUCUCUUUUGGUGAAGAUCUCCCUUUUCACAAAUUCUCUUGGACUAUUCGUGAUUUCUCCCUUCUCAGACAGAAUGAUUGCGUUUCGAAAACCUUUCACAUGGGAGAAAAAGAUUGGACUCUAACUUUGUUUCCAAAGGGAGACUCUAGAGCAGAUGGCGAGUUAUCCCAGCAUCUGCAUUUAACUGACAAUGAUACUUUAUUGAAGGGUGAGCUGAUUUUGUUGCGAGUUAACUUGCAGGUUCUAGACCCGCGUGGAUCCAAUCACCUAACAGGAAGCCUUCACAGUUGGCUCAUGAACUCGAACAAAGCAAGGGGUAAGACCCAAUCCAUGUCUUUAGAUAAAAUUCAGGGGGCUUACUUGGACCGCGAAGAUGUUGAAGUUAAGAGGUUCAAUUCUUCAAAAACGGUUUGGGGAUUGUCAAAAGCUCUUUCGAUUGAAACAUUCAAAGACCGUGCAAAGGGAUUUAUCUUGUACGGAGAACUACAUGAGUUUGGUGCUCAUGUGAAGAUUGUUUCACGACCUGUCUCUUUUGGUGAAGAUCUCCCUUUUCACAAAUUCUCUUGGACUAUUAGUGAUUUCUCUCUUCUCAGACAGAAUGAUUGCGUUUCGAAAACCUUUCACAUGGGAGAAAAAGAUUGGACUCUAACUUUGUAUCCAAAGGGGGACUCUAGAGCAGAUGGCGAGUUAUCCCAGCAUUUACAUUUAACUGACAAUGAUACUUUAUUGAAGGGUGAGCUGAUUUUCGUGCGAGUAAACCUGAAGGUUCUAGACCCGCGUGGAUCCAAUCACCUAUCAGUAUGGCUUAAAAGUUGGCUCUUGAACUCGAACAAAGCGUGGGGUAAGACCCAAUCCAUGUCUUUAGAUAAAAUUCAGGGGGCUUACUUGGACCGUGAAGGUACUUUGGAGGUAGAGAUCGAAUGUGAAGUUGUUAACUCCAUCAAAAACCAUCCCUGUUUUUAGGUUAUCUACCAUGCCAUGUCUACUACUCUAGGACUUACCUACUCUGUUUGUUGCGUAGAGAUUGAAAUGUGAAGUUAACGCUCUAUAUAUGUGAAGUUAACGCUCUAUCUAUGUUUUUAGGAUAUCUAUUAAUCUAUCAUGCAUGUCUGAGUCUGACUAUUGUAUGUCUGUAUGACUUUUCAUGCGUUUAUUAAUGAUCUUAUUAGUUAUUUAAUGUUUGUUUUGGUAUAUCAUUGCUUUUGGUUUAUUUCCUCCGACUUGCCAGUUUAUUAAAGAUCUUAAAAUAUU